CUUAGAUUCGUAGAUCUUCCUCGAAUACUCGGCGAUGCGCCGAAUCAACAUGAAUCGUUUCAUCAUUUUACUGCAGAAAUUGUUUCGUGAAAUAUUACUAGCUAAUUAUUUUCUUUUUGAUGCCGUUAUUUUAGUUGUCAUAGUGGGUCAUGAAAGUUUUUAACAUCGUGAAAACGCGGUAGAAAUUUCUGCACAUAUAGAGGACUAUUACUCGAUCGCGAUAACGUAGAUUUUACUUGAGUUUCCAUAGUUUAUUUAUUGUUAUAGCGUUUUUCUUUCUUUCCUUAUUGAUGUGAGUAAAUAAUGGUUUGGAGUUGGUGGAUGGGAAGGACACGUGGGAAUUGAUAAGGUAAUUGCCGUUGGUGGACUACCUCGGGCCUGUUAUCAGACACGAUCGAUAGAAUUUUAUUUUUCCACCCCACGAGGGACAGGUGAUUGGGGUUAUUAGAUGGAGGUAUGUCAUCCUGAAUGGACGAGGUACGGUUCCUAGUCUCACCUCCACCGAUCGAAGUAAAACGUGGACUCGUCGCUUGCUUUGACCGUAAUUGCGACCUAGACCUUGAAACUGAAGUUUGCAGUAUCAUUCUUUUAGUAAUCCAAUCGAUCCUUUCUGUUAUUCAUGGGAUAAUGAGGGGUACAUACGAAUUUUGGUGACGUUGGUGGGUUUUUCUUCCGAUACAAACCAACUAGAUUAUGGGGAUUCAGUGGUCACGUGCAAACUAUAGUCCACAGUAUUAUAGGAAGGGUGAGAUGCCCAUGGCCAAUUGGUGACAGAAUCUACAUGAGCCUUGUUGAUGGUACCACACUCACAUAUGACUUGUAUCAGCCACUAAGCAGUGGUCACGAAGAUGAUAUCACAGUGGCUAUUGCCCCUGGCAUUGGCAAUAGCUCGGAGAGCGUUUACAUCAGGACAUUUGUGCACUUUGUACAGUGCCAUGGAUACAGGUGUGCGGUACUUAAUCAUGUUGGGGCACUUUCCAGUGUCAAAGUCACUGCACCGCGAAUAUUUUCUUAUGGGCACACUGACGAUUACCACGUAAUGCUUCUCAGUCUCGCAGAGAAGCAUCCCAACACGAAAAUCGUGUGUGUUGGCUUCAGUCUGGGUGGGAAUUUAGUGACUAAGUACAUGGGAGAGAGAUCCACAAAUAAACUGCCUCAGAUCAUCGGAGGAAUUUCCAUCUGCCAGGGUUACGAUGCCAUCGAGGGAACGAAAUUUCUCCUCAAUUGGCAGAACUUCAGGCGAUUUUACCUCUACAUCAUGACAGAGUCUGUCAAGAACAUUAUUUUGAGACAUAGACAGGCUUUGUUAUCUGAGAGUGUCAAGCAAAAGCAUGGACUGAAGGAGAAGGAGAUACUCUCCGCUGCCACGCUACCAGAACUCGAUGAAGCUUACACGAGAAGGAUACAUCAAUUCAGAUCUGUCAAAGAAUUGUACAGGUGGAGCAGCAGCAUUAACUACCUCAACGAAAUAAAUUCCCCAAUGGUAUUUAUUAACGCUAUAGACGAUCCAAUCGUACCUGAGGCACUCCUGGACCCAAUCAGAGAGUAUGCAGCACAGAAAAAUCAUACUCUCUACAUUGAACUAGCCCAUGGCGGUCAUCUGGGUUUCUACGAGGGAGGCCUUCUCUACCCAAACCCAAUCACUUGGUUGGAUCGUACUCUAGUGUCGCUAAUCGGCUCAUUGACUCUCUUCCACGCCGAUCGACUUGACAAAGAAACGAUGAGCAAGCUGUAAUGGGACCCCCAGUUGCUAAAUGUGACUGCCAAGUUGUUUAUUCAAUCCGGAAUAACCUGCGUCAUUCAGCAUUCAUCAUCAGGUUUUCAAAGUCAUCUAAAAUUCAUUUAAUAUUAUAAUACAAUUAUCAUUCGAUUAUUAUCAUUCCAAUGUUGCACAUAUGUCGUGUGUUGAUCAGCAUUGAUUUGAAUGUAAUUUAUCUGCCACUUCCUUCUAGGAAUUAAAAUUCAUAAUUUUUUUUUUAAUAAUUUUAUUUUCAUUCGUGUGACAUUUUUGUGGGCCUUGCAGUGAUCUUUCUCUUACUUGAAACUAUGAUGCAUCAAUCUCUGUGUGAAUAGUUAUGUUCAGGAUGUAUUGAAAUUUCCGAAUCCCCAAGCCAUGAUGAAAAGAAUAGUCAUUAAGACAUAGGAUUAAUAGAGACAAAUGAUGAUAUCGAAGCAACUUCGAGUGCAAACGACUGGAUGUUUUCUAUGGUACUGAUUGAGACUGGAAUAAAGUUUUAUACGCAUUUUACUCACCUAGAGUGGUAAAGGCUUGUGACGAGGACGAUUUGAAGGUAUGAAGGGGAACCAAGAAAUCGUAAAUUAAGACAGGAUCUUGGGGAAAUUUCAGAGGCGUAGGGAUAAACUAGAAUAAGUGUAUAAAUAGAGCCCUUAAAAGCGCAGAAAAUUUCCAAAAAAUUCUCCUUAUCCUAGUUUACUUCUUCGCUCCAGACUUGAAAGUCUUGAAUUGAGGAAAAUGACGAUUGACUGACUUCCUAGAUAUCAUUGGGUGCCCAAGAAUGAAAGUUGACUCAAAGUGGUAACAUCAUGUCACACCCAACAGUUAUUUUCAUCAACUGAAAACUUCUACAAUUUUCCAAGGUCUUCUCUUAAUUCGUUAUACGAUUAAUUGUAAUGAAGUGGUAAAAAACAACAGACCAAAAACCAUUCAAAAUGGUUUCACCUAUAUCAAAAAAUUAUUUUCAAAUUCCUUUAAAAUGAAAAAAAAAAAUACUGAGUAUUUCGCACAUAUCGUGAAAAUUCGUGGAUCACUAGGAAAAGGUCAACCGAAUCAGCGUUUAGCUCAUAAAAUAAACAGCUCUUCGCUUUCAAGAUAUUCAUACCAGAAUAUGUCAAAAGUUUCGGCUCUUUUUUACCACUUCGGCGCAAAAUCUUAAUGUCUCUUGAAUUGAGAUCGUAUUUUAUCUGCUAGGAGUUUCACUGGCUCAUGUUGAGUUCAUUGUCCUUAAGACAGAUCUGCUGUAACGCUUUCCUCGGAUGGAUAAAGUAAUUAUGUUAAUGGCAUUUAUAUUUAAAGAUGAAUUUUAUUAUUUAUAAAAGAUGAUAUAUUCGUAAAAAUAAAACAACACAACGUAUA